CAGGGCCACCGCCGGGACUCGUGCUAACAGUACCAGUCACAAGCUUCAAGCUUUACAGUCGUUUGCAUAAUGGUUGUCGCAUGUGCGCGACGAGCGUCGAGCAUCUUGUUUGGCCUUCUUUGGCAAUGGCUGGCCCCGACGCACCCACCGGUCAGUCCCGUUACCUUUGCAGAGUGCGCAGAGCGGGCCCGUGUCAAUUUUCUCUCAACAUUGGCCACGGUAUCAAGAGCACCUAGCCUGAGCCCUCGUCACGAAAGAUGGAGAGUAUCUAGCGCAAUUCCAGGUAUUCCGGACGAGGGUUGCGGGUCGUCCUGCCGUGGCGGAUGUGGGGGGAGCCACAGCCGCUGGGAAAUGCGAAACGACAACCAUUUUGCCGAUGAUUGUAUGCCCAAAUAUACAGUGACCUUUAGUUGUGAAUUCAUGCGUGUCCGGUGACUUUUCUCACUCGUUUACAGAGCCUUCCUUUCGAUACCAUGGGCGAAGAAUUGCUGCAAGUCACCGACCCGAGCCUCUCGUACAUUAUACUGGGAGGCUUCGUAGUCAUUUUUAGCAUGGUGUCGCUGCUUGUCAAAGAGAAGUUAUACAUCAACGAGGUCGUGCUCGGGACCGCAUUCGGCAUCAUCAUUGGGCCCUACUGUGCAAACGCAUUUGACCCGAGAUCAUGGGGCGAUCACACCAACGCCAUUACUCUGGAAGUAAUGCGGGUCGUACUCGCUAUCGGCCUGUUCGCCAUUGGCGUAGAGCUGCCGCAGUCGUACAUGGCGGAUCAUGCGAAGUCGCUCCUCGUCAUGGUUGUUCCUACGAUGGCGUUUGGCUGGAUAGUCGUUGCGACGGUCAUAUAUUUGCUGUUCCCGUCCUACAACUACAUCUCGGCACUGGUCAUAGCGGCCUGCUUGACACCCACCGACCCUAUCAUCAGUGCGGCCAUAGUUGGUGGCAAGUUUGCCCUGACACAUGUACCACCCAACUUGCGCCGGAUUUUGUCUGCAGAGUCUGCCGCCAAUGACGGACUCGCGUAUCCCUUCUUGAGCAUCUCCAUCUACCUGACUCUCGAGAGCUCGCGGGGAACGGCGAUCGGAAAAUGGUUCCUCAUAGGCUGGCUAUACGAGGUCAUCCUAGGCACUGUGCUCGGAGCUGUGCUAGGCAUACUGUUUUGCAGGCUUAUGAAGAUAUCCUAUCGCAAGGGUUUCAUAGAUCGCGAGUCAUACGUCGCACAGUACCUCUCACUUGCGUUGUUCACGAUCGGAAUCGUGAGUACCCUAGGAAGCGAUGACCUCCUCGCCGCUUUUGCCGCGGGCACUGCCAUUAGUUGGGACGGGCAUUUCAAUGACCUGACGGAGAACGAGGUGUUUUCGUCAGUCAUUGACUUGCUCCUCAACUGCGCAUGCUUCGUGUACAUCGGCGCUUGGCUGCCCUUCGACCAGUACAACCGGCCUGACCUGGGCAUCACGCCGUGGAGGCUGGUGGUCUUGUUCAUCGUUAUUCUCUUAAUCCGGCGCAUCCCGCCUCUGCUCUUGCUCUUCAAGUGGGUGCCUGAGAUUGUCAACUGGCGUGAGGCACUGUUCUCUGGACACUUCGGACCAAUGGGCGUCGGAGCUGUCUUCGUCUCCACUCUAGCAGCCACCAGACUCCCGACGCCACACAACCCUCCUGAGAAUCAGGCUGAGCUGCUGGCCGCAUCCAUACAGACCGUUGUCUCAUUUGUCGUGCUUGGUUCCAUCAUCGUCCAUGGCCUGUCCAUACCUUUCUUCUCCUUCGGCAAGAACAUGCGGACACGCACACUCUCCGUUACGCACACAUGGACGCCUCGUCACAGUGCCAUCCCCGACUGGCUUCUGGGAGCUCGCCGUGCACUCGUAGAGAACCCGCGUUCCGUCUUCACCAGCAAGGAUCCGGAGCAAGGCCAUGAAAUGAGGGUGCGCGAGGCGGAGACUCUGCCUGACGGACACACGGUAUCGCACGUUGCCAGUGUUCAGUCUGAAAGGGUCGAGCCCACCCCGGAUGGCCACGGUAUUUCUUCCGCGUUCGCCCGUCCGGACAUGGCUCGACAAGGCUCCGGAGUCACGGCGCGGACGAGCCAGGUAGACACCCACGUCUAUCAAUGUCGCCAACGGCAUACAUGCUGACCAUUUCUCUGCGGCUCAGAUUCGCCUCGACCAUGACCCUGCGGCGCUUCGCGAACCUGGCCCUGACUACAAGCCUGAGUCAAACUCGGAGUCUGCCAGCCUGCGUACCCCGAGAUCGAUUCGCCUCGACCAGAGCUUUGCUUCCGUCUUGCAUGCACCUGAAGCCAUGGAUGGAAGCCGGUCUGGUGCGGUGACUCCGAACAAGGUUCAAUCCGUAGAAGUGCGCGAGGUAGUUACGGCGGAUGCAGAGCCUGCGUAUGAUAUGGAGUCAUCACAGCAAUGAUCAGUUCGUUCUCCUGAUAGACCAUUCACUUCGCAUACCACUUGUGUCACAGAAGUACGCAACCUCGAGCUUAUCUGCGCU